AUGAAAGCUGAAACCACCGAUUUGCGCACGGUUUUCGCCGCGUGCGUACUCUUCCGCGUCGUCAACGCGCUCUGCGUGCGCACGUUCUUCAGCGCGGACGAGUACUGGCAGUCCGUUGAGGUUGCCCACAAGCUCGUCUUCGGCUACGGGCACCUGACCUGGGAGUGGACCCACGGUCUGCGGGGCUACCUCCAUCCGCUCAUUUUCGCAAUCCCGUACAAGAUCGCGCAGACGAUUGGAUUGGACAGCACGGCUGUGACGGUGUGGUCCCCGCGCAUCGUGCAGGCGGUCAUCGCCGCCGCGGGCGACGUCCACGUGUACAAACUCGCGCACAGGUGGUUCGCGGGCGCGAAGAGGAAGGCCAAGGAUGAGAAGUCCGAGGGCGCCGCCUCGCCGGAUGCCGCCGCGAGGUGGGCGCUGUUUUGCUCCCUCGCGUGCUGGUUCAACUUCUUCUGCGCGGUCAGGACAUUCUCCAACUGCACCGAGGCGGCGCUCACCGUCGCGGCGCUCGCGUACUGGCCGUGGACCGGCGCCGCGUCCGAGAACGACGACGUCAAGAACGUCAACCGACCUCUCUCGCUCGCGCUCGCCGCCGCCUCGUGCGUCGUUCGUCCAGCCGCCGCGCUCUACUGGCUCCCGAUGUUCGUGGAGGAGUCCGUCAAGUCGGUAAGCCGGGUACGUUUCAUUCUCAAGGAGGCGCUUCCUAUCGGCGCCGCAGCGCUGGCCAUCUCCACCUGCGUCGACAGGGUGUUUUACGGCCGAUGGGAGAUUGUGCCGUGGAAUUUUUUCAGGUUCAACGCCCUGGAUGGCGGCGGCGCCCUCUACGGCUCGCACCCUUGGCACUGGAACCUCACCCAGGGAUACCCCGCGAUCGCCACCGUGUUUCUACCCCUCGCGGCGAUAGCCUGCCGCGAUAAGAAGCGAUGGGCGCCCCUCGCCGUCGUCGGAUGGACCGUUCUUGGGUACUCUGUCCCCGCGCACAAGGAGUUUCGGUUUUUGCUCCCGGCGCUGGCCCCGACGCUCGCCGCCGCCGGUGCGCAGCUCGCGUCCUUCUCCUGUCGCAAACGCGUCGCCGCGGUGGCGCUAAUCCUUCUCACGCAGAUCCCCGCGGCGCUGUACCUGUCCCUCCGGCACCAGAGCGGCACCGUCUCGGUGAUGUCCGUGCUGACCGCAGCGGUGGACGCCGGCGAGACGCAUUCGGCUGGAAUCCUCUCGCUGACGCCCUGCCACCAGCACCCGUGGACCACCCACGUGCACAGACCGAACGUCGGCAUGCGCUUUCUGAGGUGCGAUCCUCCCGGGUUCGGAACCCCCAAGGGCGAGCUGGACGAGGCUGAUAA